AUGGGGAAAAGGGCGGAGCAAAGUGUAGCUGGUGAAGUGGACGUGCGGCCUCACCUGGAGGACCUGAGCAGUGAUGUGAUCUCCAGAGCCGCUUUUGGUUGUAGCUAUGAACAGAGCAAGCGCAUCUUCCUCGUUCAAAAAGAACAAAUUGGCCUCUUUUUUAGGAUUAUGCAGUUCACCUUCAUCCCUGGAUGGAGGAAUUUUGACGGCAAGAACAGUUCACAACAAAUAUCAAGUUGGGAAACAUACGCAUUCCUCCCGGAACUAUGCAAGUUGCUGAUGCUUCUGAUCCACCGAGGCCAAGAAAUGUGGGGUGACGAUGCCAAAGAGUUCGAACUGGAGAGAUUGUCUGAGGGAGUGUCAAAAGUGACCAAGAACGUGCUCUGCUUUUCGUCCUUCAGUUGGGAUCCUAGGACUUGCAUUGGCCUAAACUUUGUACUCCUUGAAGCCAAAGUUUUCCUGGCCUUGGUAAGCAUGAUACUGUUUCAGGUGCUCAGGUUACAUACACCUGGAUAUAUGACAACGAGAAACAGUUCACAAGACAACCCAGUUGGGAGGUUCUUCGAGGGAGUCUCGAAGGCUGGCAAGAACAAGCUCUGUGGUUUCCCUUUAUGUGGGGGUACUAGGACUUUGCACUGGCCAAACUAUGCACUCCGUGAAGCCAAAGUUCUCCCGGCCUUAGUUCUGCAGAAGUUCUCAAUACAGCCAUCUCCAUCUCACAAGGAUGCCCCUAGUCGUUUGCUCGCUUCUCUAAUGUUUGUUUUGAUUGGUUGCACUAGUUUGUUUCUUAUAUUUGGACAAAGUUCCUUCGGAGAUAUAUUCGUUCCUGUGACUAGUUUCCGUUUUACGGAAUUGAAUACGUUAGAUAAACAGAUAGACAGCAAAGGAUACCAGACAUGA